AUCUGCCCUGAGUACCUCAAGUCCCUGGAUGUCGUGGGGCUGUCUUGGCUGACUGCCAUUGCGUGGCGUUCGGGGACAGUGCCUCUGAAAUGGCAGACCGGGGUGGUGGUUCCUCUUUUCAAGAAGGGGGACCAGAGGGUGUGUUCCAACUACAGGGGGAUCACACUCCUCAGCCUUCCUGGGAAAGUCUAUGCCAGGGUACUGGAGAGAAGAAUUCGGCUGAUAGUCAAACCUUGGAUUCAGAAGGAACAAUGUGGUUUUCGUCCUAGUCGUGGACCACUGGACCAGCUUUAUACCCUCACUAGGGGGCUGGAGGGUUCAUGGGAGUUUGCCCAACCAAUCCACAUGUGUUUUGUGGAUUUGGAGAAGGCAUUCGACCGUGUCCCUCGCAGCCUCCUGUGGGGGGUGCUCCGGGAGUAUGGGGUACAGGGCCCUCUGUUAAGGGCUGUCCGGUCCCUGUAUGACCGGAGUAGGAGCUUGGUUCGCAUUGCCGGCAGAAAGUCAGACUUGUUCCCAGUACAUGUUGGACUCCAGCAGGGCUGCCCUUUAUCACCGGUCCUGUUCAUUACUUUAUGAACAGGAUUUCUAGGUGCAGCCAGGGGCUGGAGGGUGUCCGGUUUGGGGACCACGUGAUUUCGUCUCUGCUUUUUGCAGAUGAUGUUGUCAUGUUGGCUUCUUCGGGCCAGGACAUUCAGCAUGCACUUGGACGGUUUGUAACCGAGUGUGAAGCGGCUGGGAUGAGAAUUAGCACCUCCAAGUCCGAGGCCAUGGUUCUCAGCCGGAAAAGGGUGGCAUGUCCCCUUCAGGUUGGUGGAGAUCUCCUGCCUCAAGUGGAGGAGUUCAAGUAUCUUGGGGUCUUGUUCAUGAGUGAGGGAAGGAUGGAGCGGGAGAAUGACAGUCGGAUAGGUGCAGCUUCUGCAUUGAUGCGGUUGAUGUACCUGCCUGUCGUGGUAAAGAAGGAGCUGAGCUGCAAGCUGAAGCUCUCGAUUUACCUGUCAAUCUACGUUCCUACUCUCACCUAUGGCCAUGAACUGUGGGUCAUGACCGAAAGGACAAGAUCCCGGAUACAGGCGGCUGAAAUGAGCUUUCUCCAUAGGGUGGCUGGCUGCUCCCUUAGAGAGGGGUUGAGGAGCUUGACCACUCGGGAAGAGCUCAGAAUAAAGCUGCUGCUCCUCCACAUCGAGAGGAGCCAACUGAGGGGGCUCGGGCAUCUGUUCCGGAUGCCUCCUGGACGCCUUCCUGGGGAGGUGUUCCGGGCACGUCCCACCGGGAGGAGGCCCCGGGGAAGACCGAGGACACGCUGGAGGGACUUUGUCUCUCGGCUGGCCUGGGAACGCCUCGGUAUCCCCCCGGAAGAGCUGGAGGAAGUGUCUAGGGAGAGGGAAGUCUGGGCGUCUCUGCUUAAGACUGCUGCCCCCGAGACCCCGACCCAGAUAAGCAGAAGAAGAUAGAUGGAUGGAUGGAUUGAUAUUAAUAAACACUGAAUACAAAACGAGCACUGGGCAACACAAAAGCUUAUUGUAGGUACCUUGAAUUGAGCUUUUACAUCAAUAAAUAAUUUUAAUCCAAUCAAAUACCUUUAAAAUAACUGGAUCUAUGAAAGAGGAAUUAAAAAACAACCAGAUGGUUCUCCUUUAAGAGACCUAUAAAACAAAUCUUUAUGCAAACCACCAUCUUCAUAAAAUGUUUAAAAGAAAACUCAAUUCUUAGUACCUUUGAACAUUAUUUACUCACAUCAUUCAUUCAUUCUGAAGACUGUGUUGCCAGGCCAAUCACCAGUAAUACAAGCGGGAUUCUGAAACAACAAAAUAAAACUGCUUUUCUUUACCCCACCUAGUUCACUACCUUCCUCAUAAUAAAAACCCAUAAAUGAAAAUACUUCCUACCCACCUUUAAUUAAAUGAAGAUGACCUAACACACAAAUUACUCUAAACAUAUGCAACAUAAAAUGUCUUUGCUUAAACCGAAACAGCUCUCAUGAUUUAAAUAAAUUCAACCAACAAUAUCACUAUUGAAACAGUUGAGCACAAAUGACCUGAUCUUAGCGCACACUUGUUUGUAAUGUCAGUAGAUGAAUGAAAUGUGAGAAUGCAAUACUACUGUGAAUCUAUUUAUAGCAGGUGCAGAUGUAAUUAAGCUACCCCACAGACUUAUGGGAAGUGUAGUCCCGAACUCAUUCAUCACUCUGUUACAGAAAGUGAUUUAGUCUUAUUCUGACAGCACUAAAAGUAAAUUUCACCAUUUGAGUUUGCAGAGCACAUCAACCCACAUGUUACUAGAGCGCCAUCUUGAACCCCCCACCCCCCACCUCAGUUUCCCCAGAGCGACUGCAGGAGCGCUGAUGACGACACAGCUGUUUCACAAUU